AUGCCUACGACGCGAGGUGACCUGUUGUCCUCAGAGCUCCGCUUCAUCGAUGAGUUCAAAAUGGCCAUGGUCACCGAAGUGGCUUCCAGCCACGACGAUGCUGGCGUGUUAGGCGAGCUCUCCAAGCGGCUUGCGCAAUACGAGCGACGUCUGCAAGAAAUCAUGUCCACCGGCUCUCUUGCGGUGCCCAACUAUGGAGCAUGGGACUCUGUAACCGUGAUCAAAACUGCGUCGGGUCGCCUGCUGCUCGAGAAAGAAGUGCCCGGUCCCCAAGCGUCCUCCGAGGUAGAGAUCCCAAGCCAUGUAGAAACCCAUGAAGUGAAAGCGCACGUCACUCACUUCAACAAAGUUUCAGAGGCUCUUCUGCGAGAAGCGCUGGAGAGGCAAGCCGUCAUGGAGACUGACAUCAAAGCCCUAAGUCAGCCACCGGAGGAGCUGGUAGGGAACCAUAUUCGACUCCUACGACAAUACAACGAGGUCAAAGACGUGGGUCAACAGCUUAUCGGUAUGAUUGCUGACAACCGCGGCGUCUCAAUUGCGUCUCUGUACGAAGUCGAAGAAUUUGGGCUCACGGCAGACGACUAA